GCUGCUGCCGAAACACCGUCCACUUUCUACUCCCGUUUGUAAUAAACACAUUCCGGAUUAUUUUUUUAUGGAUUUAUAAAUGCACAUUUCACGCAUUUCACGGAUUGUACCACGGCCUGGGAAGUGUUAUUCAAGGAGAGAUUGGAAUUUAGAAGUUUCCUCCAGCAGGGAACUGGAUUGAUGUCUUAAUGCAACUAUUUUGGAAAGAGACUAAGGGCAUCUUGACGAAGAAUCCAAGUAAAACUUGUUACGGUGACAUCCCGUUCUCGCCGGGCACAGUAGGUGUUUCGGCUUCUCUCGGCUCCACCGGGGAGAUGUAUCAGGGGUUCCCCGGAGACCCCGACACCGGCUCCCGUGGAAGCUCAUCCCCUUCUCUUGAAUCUCAGUACUUGUCGUCCGUGGAAUCCUUCGGGAGUCCGCCCACCACCAGCGCACCGCAAGAGUGUGUAUCUGCCACUGGCGGGGUAGGGGUGGGUGGAGGGUCAACCGGCACCGGGGCAGGGGUGGACAUGCCCAGCUCAUUUGUACCCACAGUGACGGCCAUCACCACCAGCCAGGAUCUGCAGUGGAUGGUGCAGCCCACUCUCAUCUCCUCCGUGGCACCAGGGCAAAGCGCCUCGGGCUCCAGCACCAUGACGCAGCCUGUUGCCCUGGAUCCUUAUGACUUGCCAGGCCCGAGCUUUUCAUCCCCUGGAAGCUUCACCCCACCAAGCUCUGAUACUCCUGGCCCAGUGCGACAGUCUCGGAGCCGCCGUCGAGCACGGGAUGAAUCGCUGACCCCUGAGGAGGAGGAGAAGAGACGUGUGAGACGAGAGAGAAAUAAACUGGCCGCCGCUAAGUGUAGGAACCGACGGCGUGAGCUCACAGACAGGUUACAGUCGGAGACAGACAUAUUGGAGGAGGAGAAGGCCGAGCUAGAGGCCGAAAUAUCCGAGCUGCAAAAGGAGAAGGAGCGUCUUGAGUUUGUCCUGGUCGCCCACCAACCCGGCUGCAAAAUUCCCUACCAGGACCAGCCUCCCGCGCCGCUGCCACUGCCGCUGCCGCAGACGUCCCCGCAGGCGCCUUCCGUCUCCGUGGUGGGUUUGACUGUGAAGGAGGACACUUUCUACCUGCCGCCCGCCUACUCGUCCCACCACCACCACCACCACCACCACGUCCCGGUUUCACAGCCCACGCAGACACAGCCGGCCCCAGCACAACAGCAGCAGCAGCAGCAAGGGAUGAUGCAGGAGCCUUCGGCCCCUGAGAGUCCGUUGGACCCUGAAAGCCCAUGGAACCUUGACUGAGUGCCAGCCCACACCCCAACACCUCAAAUCCCCUCGCACGGACCGGGCCACAGUGAGCAGACAUCUAAACGAACCAGCCACAGCGCGCAGAUCAAACGCCAUCUCAGCACAGGCUAAAGGAACGGGACUCUUUAUUCCUCCUCAGCACUGAGGAUUUGAUUUUGGAUGAGCGGAGAAAAUACAUCGCUAGACUUUGGCAAGGCCAGCGGAGGAGCUUUGGCAAGCUUUUGGAAUCUGGAGGUAUGAGAUGAUGAGAGUAUUCGCAUCUCCCGCUGGUCUUCUGAGAGCUUUCACACCCUGUUACGCCCUUUCCCCUCUCUUGAGGGGUAUGUUUGCUUGUUUCAUUCUGUGUUUCAAAGAUAGUAUUAACUCAAAAGUGGCUUAUCUCAUAUGAGAGUGGAUCUACUCCCAUGUGAGAGUGGUUUGAAGAGCAUUAUAAUGAGUGACCAAAAAAAAAAAAAAUUAAAAAAAGGAAAAAAAAGGACAACCUCUUGGUUUUGGAUGAGUGGCCUCUGUGCUUCUUGACAUAGUCCUUGAGUUGAGACCUCUAGGCUUUGAUUGUGAAUGGAAGCCACAGAGGACUACAUGUCCAGUUGAUUUCUUUCUUUAAGGGGGUUGUUGAUGUUGGUUUUAAAAUGGAAAAAGCACAAAUGGCGGCUGCAGAUGGAAGGAACACGUAACGGUGGCCUACCUAAAGGACGGGAUGUGCUUUCGAAUUUGAACCGUUUACUUUCCUGUGAAUGUUUUUUGAUGUUUUGAGUUACUGAUUUUUCAUUAUGCUUUUUUGCUCUUGAUUGUGCCGUUGCUGCCAAAUGGAAGAAUUUUGUGGGGCUUUUAGCUGCUCCUUCUAUCUGUUACUGUUGUCUUACUGCAGUUAUCACGAAUAUUGUUAUUAUGGUUAUUAUUAUUAUUUCAGUUAUCUCAUGUUGGCAACUAAAAAGGCAUGUUGUGCACUAUGAACCUUUUUAUGUCUAAAACUAUAUAUAUAUAUAUAUAUAUAUAAAUAUAUAUAUUAUGUAUGCAUAUAUAUACAUAUUCAGUGUAUAUAUAUAUACAAUGAUUGUAAUGUAAUAUAUGAAUGUUCAGAAAAUGUUAUUUUUGUCAAUGAAGACAGAUAGGGAGAGCUUGAUGCACUUGGUUUUGAUUUAAACAUAGAUAUUUUUCUAAAAGAACAAAAAAUAUAUUAUAAUAAACAAUAAUAGCCCCGCUUUCCCUUAUGAUAUGAGAAGCAUUGUCACUGCCUUUCAUUGGAAACGUGUAAUAUGUAAGAUGACUGUAUUGAAACUGUGGUGCACAUAUACGUAUCACAGGUUUGUGCUGUGCUUGAUUUGUCAAUGAGGUUGGUCCCACAGCCCUUGUUCAUCAACCCCUGUGGACAAAACACACUGGACGCCAAAAUAUCUAUAAAUGCGUAAACAAAUCAAUAAAUAUGCUAAAGAAAAAAGAAGAAAUGAAUUGAGUGUCUCAAUGUAUUCUAGAUGGGCAUAUGAUAUUCAGCUGUGUUGUCCAGUGUGUGCUGUCUGCCCUUUGACCGUGUGUGUGUGUGUAUGUGUGUGUGUCAAAAGCGCUGUUGAGCAGAUUCGUAAACACCUCUGAUUGGCCAUUGUGUUCACACACUCAUCAGAUAUGUCUGUGAUUGGGAUCAACGCUUCAAAAACUUUGAAAUAGACAUCAAAGAUGCGCUUACACAGAUACACACAGGCAUCUAUCAGGGGACAGCUCCCGCUUUCAAAUUCAAAUGCUCCCGUGCGUUGAUCAUUGUAGCCAAUCACAGACAUAUAUGUUGAGCAUGUGAACACAAUGGCCUAUCAGAGGUGUUUACGAUUCCGCUCAAAGCGUCACAUUUUUAACAUGUCAGUACCGACUUGGUAUCAAAAUCGGAACACAGAUUGGAAGUAUUUUUUAAAAACAGUCGAGGUCCAUUGUUCAUUUUGACUUUGGCUUCUUUAUCUGGAGUAUUUUAUGGGGUGGAAACAAGUAUAUUUGUACAGUUGUUUAAAUCGAAAUGCCUUUUCGUGCAACAUUUAUACACACAAGUGCACCAUUGUCUUGUUGGUCGAAUUUAGACCCAGAGUUUCAAAUAUAAGCAGAGAGAGCUCUUUCCAGCAGAGCCAUUUGAUGAAAUUACGUUGAAUUAUGGCAUCUUAAAGAGUGACGUAAUGAAGGCAGAGCUUUGAUUUCACAAAGUGGGACAUGAUAUGAUAUCAGAAAGCACAUUGUCAAACAGCUCCAUGUUUAACUUUUCUUCAAAAGACUUUAUUGUGUGUCACAACAGUUUUAUGUUGUUUGGAUCUUUCAGCUGUUGGUGCUUUUGUCACUCCUACACCAAAACAUAUUGUUACUGUAUCUUUACAAAUAUGAUCUGACUCUGAUAUUAUAGCAGAAGGAGAUGUUGGUUAAAUGAUACAGUAUCAGUGACUCUGUGGUCUUCCACUUUGCAGAAACUCCUUGUUUAGAUUCAGCUGCACAGUCGUGUUUUAGAUCAUCCUAGGUAUUUUCAAAUUCACAGUGCUUUGGUGCAAUGCAAUAUUUCAGAUACUAGGAAAACCAUGUAGCAAAUCAACUGAACUGUAUGAUAAAAGUCAUUUCUGAUGCUACAGUGUCACAGUGAAGAUUUGAGACAAUUGGUUUUGUCUUUCCAGUUUACCUUGUGUAUCAUUUACUCUGCUGAGACCUCAGUGAUGGGAGGGUUAGGCAUUAUAAGGAUGUAAAACGUCAGUGCCAUUUUGCGCUUAGUGGGCAUUGAUUGACUGGUGAACUGUUUCACUUUCUAAUGCACAUUUUAAGAUUGCCUUCAGUAUGAAAAGAGUGAAAUCUAAGAGAUCAUAGUCUAAUGUUACACAAUUUAAAAGAAAGAGGGCUGACCUAUUUCUCAUAUAUCAUCUUUUUGAAGGGAAAUGAAAGUUAGAUGUAAUAAGAAUCAUCACAAAACAUUUCAAACUGAAGAUAAUAUGGUGCUUUUUCAAUACUGUUUGUCUUUGUAUAUUCUUGACCAAGAAAAAGUGUUGUUGGAGAUUUAAGGUUGUGAGUUUAGGACACUCGAGUGCUUUAUGGAGUGUUUUCAGAGUUCUCAUAUUGAACAGCAUAUUUAAUACAUACUGAACAACCCUUGUGAAUUAUAUAAUCCGCCGUUCUUUCUCUUUUCACCCUUUCUCCGUUAUGCUAUAUUUCUAGCCCUUUAAUGAAUGGAGAAGGACAUUUCAUAUUGUUAGACUGUGAAAUCUUGGUGUACUGUCCUAUCUUAAUAUCUUUGUAUGACGUCCAAUUUUUCCUGUAAAGGAAAUGUCUACAAAAUAAACAUAUUCACAAAGA